CAAAGCUUCAUUUAAAUAAAUACUGCCAAAUGUAUGUUUAUAGCAUUAUCACUGCUUAACAAGAUUAAGUAUAGAAUAUUUCAUAAUCAUUUUUAUUUAAUUAAAAUAGGAAUAGGUUUUUAUUAAUAAAAACUUAGUUAUUCGUAGUAAAAAAUGUGAUUUGAAUGGUGUUUUAAACAUUUUUACAUAAUGGCACAUAGAAGAAACAGCACAAAUGGCGAUAAAUACCUUUAUAAAGGAGUAAAAAGAAGUUUGAGUAUAGAAAAUGACGUAGAAAAAGAAUAUAUAUUUGAAAAUGAAGAAGACAAAGUUAUCGUUGAUCAAGGUCCAAAAUUUGGAAAAAGAUAUGUAGAAGCAAUUCUUUACUUUCUCGGACUAUUUAUCAGCUAUUGUACUAGGGUCAAUUUAUCAUUAACAGUAGUGGCGAUGACAGAUCCAACUGCUAACGAAAAUAAGGAUAUUCCUACCUUCAAUUGGACCAACAGGAACGUAAUCCUCUCAUCCUUUUUCUGGGGUUACGUUAUACCCCAAGUUAUGGCCGGCUGGCUAAUGACACGCUACGGCCCAAAAUGGUUUAUGAUUGGCAGUGUUGGAAUCGGAUCUUUAGUAGGAUAUCUUUUACCACCUGCUGCAGUUUAUAUGGGAUCAAUGGGAGUCAUAAUUUGUAGGAUGAUACAGGGUUUCUGCCAAGGAUUUAUGAUACCAGCGGUACCAAUUUUUUUAAGCAGAUGGGUACCUCUAAGCGAAAGAGGAAGGAUUUGUAAUUUUAUUUAUGCAGCUAGUUGUGUUGGUACGGUAUUUGGAAUGAUGAUAUCUGGAUCUUUAUCUGCUAGUCUGUAUGGUUGGCCGAUGGUGUUCCAUUUUUUUAGUACGUUAGGUAUAAUUUGGUGUAUUAUUUACGCAAUUUGCGGUUGUAAUUCACCGGCUGAAAGCAAAUCCAUCACAGCAGAGGAACUGGCUUAUAUUGAAAUGACUGCAAUACAAUCAAAAAAGAGAUUAAAGACGCCCUGGAAAGGAAUAUUCACAUCCGUUCCAUUUUAUGCAUUGUUCUAUACUUAUACUUGUUUUAUCCUUGGAUUCUGGAUACUCUUAUCUCAAAUACCUACCUAUUUGAAUAAAAUAAUGAAAUUCGACCUAAAAUCAAAUGGAUUUUUGUCAGCAUUACCUUAUAUAGUCCAAUUUGUAUUGAGUCUAUUGUUCAGUGUUAUUUCCGAUUAUGUUACCAAUAGAAAAAUCUUAACUCUAACGUCUGCAAGAAAGGUUUUUAAUUGUAUCGGAAUGAUUAUUCCAGCGAUAAGUUUAAUAUUCUUGGGAUACUGUACAAACGCCACUCUGGGGGUGGUUGUAUUGAUAAUUGGAGUUGGAACGAAUAGCGCAGCCACUUGCUCCGCCUUUAUAAACAAUGUUGAUCUUGCUCCCAACUUCUCUGGAGUUGUACAAGGAAUAGUAAAUGGGUUCUCCAAUAUAUGUGGAAUUCUUGCUCCACUUAUUGUUCAAGUUUUAGUUACAGAUGAAGAGAAUCAGGUUCACUGGCGUAGGACAUUUUACUUGGCAAGCGCUGUAUAUAUUUCUGGAGCUAUUAUUUUCUGUAUUUUUGGAUCUGGAGAAGUUCAACCGUGGAAUGAUGACAAAAAAGACGAAGAUAGUGAAGAAGCAUAAAAAAUAUGGUCUAAUUAACUUUUACUCAAAUAUUAUGUAUGUAAUAUUAUUUUUUACUACAUUGGUUACUUAAAUUAUAAAAUAAAUAUGUUUUAAAAUGAUGACGAUAUGAUAUUCUGUAUUUCUUGCAUUUGUUUCAUUAAUAGCCUUAGUGUAAUGGUUUGCCUUAUGUAAUAAAAUGUUU